AUGGAUACCCUUAAAGAGAAAUUGGGCAAGAGUACUUUGAUAAUUCUAGAUGAUUUGAUGAUUAUUGCGGGUAACGAUAGUGUAAAUUUGACCAAUUUAAAUAAUAUUGCCUCACGCGACAGUCAUCAUUCCAAUGCCUCUGUCAUCUUUGUAUGUCAAAGUUUAAAUUAUGGUUCAGGAAAAUUACGAACAAUUAAAGUGAACAGUCAAUAUCAUAUCAUGUGUAAAAGUUUGAGUUGUUAUAGAGAUGUAGAAACGGUGGCGGCAAAUAAAAAAAUAUGUAAAAAUAAAAUACAUCAAGUAAUUAAUGAUGUAGGUAAAAAAGAAUAUGGUUAUAUUGUAUUUGAUGGGUGUCCUAAAGGAUGCGCCAAUACACGCGUAAGAACUGGAAUAUUUCCUAAAGAUGAAACUAUUGUAUAUGAUGUAUAA